AUGGCCAAUUCUAUUAACAAUUCUCAGCUCCUAAGAGACCCGGAAACAUUAGAAUCCAGUAAUACAAACUUCAAGCUUGGUUUUUUCAGCCCAUCUAACUCGAAAAAUCGAUAUCUUGCUGUCUGGUACAAUAAUAAGGAUACUGAAUUUGGAAUGUCAGAAGUUGUAUGGAUAGCAAACAGAGAUAAUCCUCUUAGUAGCUCUUCUGGGAGUUUCAAUCAUUUAACUCAUGCGUUGCUGGCACCAGCGAGGCUUGCUAUUGAUAUGCACAGUUUUGAUCAAGAACCAACUCUUCGGUCAUGGAAGACUGCUUUGGAUCCAUCUAAUGGCCGUUUUAGUUUUGGUAUUAUUUCUCGAAACUUUCCUGAAGCUUUUGUUUUGGAUGGUGAUAAACUUUAUUGGAGAUCGGGUCUAUGGAAUGGCUAUCUAUUCCUUGGAAUUCCUAACUUUCAUUCAGAAGCUUCCUCCGGGUUUCAAUUUAUAAAAGAUGAACAAGGAAAACCUGAAAUGUCAUUUACAGUAGCAAAUCCAACAUUAUUGGAACGAAUUGUAUUAAGUUAUGAUGGAAGGUUGAUUGAAAAGGAUUGGGACGAUUGUAACAGAAAGUGGAAACUUUUGUGGAAAUCUUUCGAGUCUGAAUGUGAACUUUAUGGGAAAUGUGGAGCUUUUGGAAGUUGUGAUCCAAAGAAUUCACCUAUUUGUAGUUGUUUGAAGGGGUUUGAGCCAAAAAACAUGGAUGAAUGGAGCAAAGGCAAUUGGAGCAGUGGUUGUGUAAGAAGAACGCCAUUGGAGUGUGUAAAUGCAGAAAAACCAGACAAGUUUUUAAGGUUGAAGCACAUGAAAGUGCCCGACUAUUCUAACUGGGAAACGUCAAGCAAUCAAGAUGAUUGUGAAAGGAUUUGCUUUCUGAAUUGUUCAUGUUUAGCUUAUGCAUAUUAUUCGGGAAUUGGGUGCAUGAUGUGGAACUCAAGCCUUAUUGACAUACAGCAGUUUUCUACAGGGGGUGCUGAUAUUUUCGUUCGUCUGGCCCAUAUAGAACUAGGUAACCAUCAUAACUUGAUGAAUUAGUAAAACUUACAGAAUAUGAAUGAUUUUCUGAAAUUAUAAUGGAUAAUUAGUUGCAAAUAAGGGUGGGCAAACGGGACCUGAUCCAACCCAAUCAUAUAAUACUCAAUGACCUAGCUCAAACAUAAGAAGAAAAAAAUGAAUCAACAUGUUGAAUGUUGACCAAGUUACACACAAAACCAAAAAAUGACCCAACCCAAACACCUUACUUGAGACCCAACCCAGACACAACA